CCGGAAGUGUCGCCAUCUUGACGCGCCGGAAGUGGCGGUUGCUUUCGCUCUACCCCUGGGCAGUGGUGGCUUCAAGGUUUGGGGGCUGGUUCUGACGCUGGUUUUAGGAUGGGUUGCGACGGGGGAACAAUCCCCAAGAGGCAUGAACUAGUGAAGGGGCCGAAGAAGGUUGAGAAGGUUGACAAAGAUGCUGAAUUAGUGGCCCAGUGGAACUAUUGUACUCUUAAGUCAGGAAAUACUAAGAUGACCAAUAGUUGCCUGUGAACUUGGCAGACUUUUAGAACAAAGAUGCUGUCAUCGAGUUUCUGUUGGACAAAUCUGCUGAAAAAGCCCUGGGGAAGGCAGCAUCUCACAUCAAAAGCAUGAAGUACGGGGCUGCCUUCCAGGAAGAUGACGUCAUCGUGCUCAGUGGCACCAAGGAGGACGUGGAGACGCUGAGGACGACGACGAGGGUGGAGGUGCGGCGGCUGAGGGCGAAGCAGGAGAAGAAACUCAGGAAGCCCAAGGCAGACAGCAGUGAAGCCUUGCCUGGGCCGUCGGAAGCAAAGAGCGGCAAGCCCGGGGAAGCCGGCUCCAAGCCCCAGGAGAAGAGGGGUGCCGCGGGCCCCCGGAGCGCAGCAAACGGGGCCUCUUCCGGGAAGGCGGGGAAGCCGGGCGGGCCCCCGAAGAGGUCCAUCGCGGACAGCGAGGAAUCCGAAACCUACAAGUCCCUCUUCACGCACAGCUCCGCCAAGCGCUCCAAGGAGGAGUCUGCACACUUGGUCACCCACACGUCCUACUGCUUCUGAGCAGCCCCGUCCCCGUGUUAUAAACACACACACACACCCAGCUGCAUGGUCGUUCGCUGGAGAGCUAGGGGUCUGGGUCUGGGUCCGGGUCCGGGUCCUGGAGAACGUGGGGCGGGGCGGGCCGAUUGCAUAGCCGGGUGGGCUGAGCUUGCUGCUCGUAGCACUCGAGACUCCGGGUUCCCCAGGUGUGCGCAGCCCAUGUGGGCUGAAAUCGCAAUGGCUUUGCUACCCUCGGGUCAGCCCAGCAGCGAGGAGACAGCCUGGGGACGCGUUACCAGGCAUCUCGCCCACCACAGCCCGGGGGGGGGGGGGCGGCUGGGCCAUGUCCGCUGCUAAGGGGUGGGCGUGUCCUGUCUGCUCACUUAGAACAGAGUGGAGAUCAGCUAAUACGAUACAAAAUAGAGCUCCUUUGCCUUUUCUCACAUCUGUGUACACUUUUCUUCUCUCCCUUCACAUGACGUUUUGCCAAGAAAAUUGCAGACUUGCUGUGGGUGUGGUGGCGCACAACUGCAAUCCCAGCACUUAGGAGGCUGAGGCAGGAGAACCUAUGAAUUUGAGGCCAGCCUGGGCUACAUAGGCUGCUUGUGAAGUGCGAGCGCGUCCGGGCCUCAGCACUGUCUCGAGGGCUUUGUGUAGGGAGAGGCCCCCAGGAGGGCGAGGGCGGCAGCGCUGGGCCGCUUCCCACCUGUCCGGUUCGGGGUUCAGCGCUUCUGUGCGUGACCACGGCUCUUCCUCGGCUACACUCAGUGAGUUUCUGAAACAGACCUUUUCAGAGUAAACCAGAAUUAGCCGCUUACCUCCCGGGCCAACAGUCUUACAGCCCAGUGAAACCAUUUUUGAGGGUUUUUUCUUUUACUUAUUUUUAUAACAAUUUUAUUUUUAAUUUGGCUAAAAUUGUUACAGCAACCCACCGUUCUUUUCACUUUGCAAAGAAAACUUGAUCUCCUUUUAGUCAAAUAUUAGUUUUGCCAUUACAUUUUUAUUUUGAUGGCCAUUUUGACCAACUUUUAUUUUCUUAAUUUUAGCUUUAAUGAGUCAAUUUUAUUUUCCACUGAUUUUUUUUUUUUUUUUUUUUUGGUACCGGGGAUGGAACUCCGGUCCUUGCGCUUUCGAGGCAGGCAGCAGAACCACUGAGCUAAAUCCCCGGCCCCACACUGAUUAUUUUUGGGGAUUUUUUGGUUUGGUUUGGUUUGGUUUUUUAAGACAGGGGCUCCCUAUGUAGUUCAGGCUGGUCUUGAAUUCAGUGCGAUCCUCCUGCCUCAGCCUCCCAAGUGCUGCGUUCACAGCCCUGUGCCACCGUGCCCGGCUGCAUCCAGCUCUCGCCGACCCAGUCAGUGUCGCCACCCUCAAAGCUUGAGGCACUCAGAGCGCCCGGCCUCUGAAUAUAGCGACUGCGACUGCGCAGCCUCAGGGCCCCUUCUGCCCCUGGCCCAGGGUCGCCCGGAAGGGUUGGAGGAAGGCUGUGCGUGGAGGCUCCCGGCCUCCCCCACUUGGCAGAGGUGCCACCCUGUCAGCCAGCGCAGCUGGGCCACUGUCCAGCUGUGUCCCCCACAGGGUGCCGGGUCCACCCCGGCCCCGGCCGGACCCCUAGGCAGCCGGAGGGGCUGGGCGGAAGCCCGGGUCCCUCCCAGGGCACAGCCCACUGACCCCUCUCGACACUUCCAGCAGGAGAAGCAGCCCGGCGCAGUGGGAUUCCUGUGGCGACUCCCAGGCGGCCCUGCCGUGGGUCACUGAUGUGAAUUGAGUCUGUUUGCCGUCUGGCAUCACUUCGCGGGCCACAAUGAUCAGGGGAGGGGGCGGGACAAACCCCCAGAUGGGACACGGGAUGACCCGCCACAGCCGUGGGCAGUGCAGCCAGCGGCUUCCCAGAGGGGCCUUGCAGGCAGUGGCCGUGGGUGGGCCGGGCCGCGUGUUCCGGUCCAUCCAUCGGCCCGGCCCGAGGGGAUGCUCAGGGACAGCUGUGCCCGCGCAAGGUGUGCGCGUCCCCUUUGGGUUUCAUGGGCUCUCAAGUCCUCUUGAGGCUCAGCGCCGCACAGGUGGAGGCCGAGAGCCCCAGCUAGGAGCGGCUCGCCAGGACACCCGUGCGGGGGUCCCGAGCCCACCGACCACUUCUGCAGAGGCAUUUGCAGGUGCGCUGCGGAGGCCUGGCCCAGUCCCUGACAGGGUCCUGCGGCUGCUGUCACCUCUUCCUCUCCAGUCUUCCUGCGAGGCCGGACUGGGAGUGGCCCUUCUCCUGUUUGCUAGUGUUGUCCCUGUCACUGGACUGAUGUGUUUAGCAGUACUGGGAUUGAACCCCAGGGCCCCCACACAGCGAGGUCCUCAGCCCCAGUUCAGACUCUACUGCGAGGCCGGCUCUCGCUAAGUCGCCAAGUGGCCUGCGCUAGUCUCAAACCUGAGACCCUCCUAUCCCAGUCAGUUCACGGGGGCGCAGGGCAGAAAGGGGUGACGGGGGCGCUGGGCAGUGGAAGCCCGGUAAGGAAGCCAAACAUGAGGUCUCUGCAUAAGGUCGUGAUGUUGUGCCCAGAUCGCAAAGUCCCCAAAGACCAUCAAGGA